AUGGCUAGCUUACCUUUGUUUCGCCUGAUUGUUUUCAAUCUGCUGGAAAUCAAUUUGAGUAAUCUGAUGGUAUUUCACUGCUGGUCGAUAAAGGAGGCAUUUCCUCUGGCUGAAAUGCUAAAUGAGAACGGCAUUUAUUCGCAAUACAUUGACCUGCAACAGGACCCCGAAAACUUGGCCAACAUCCACAAGGACUACUUGGAUAGUGAUUUAGUCAGGUUAGGUGUCUUUUUAGACCUGGACUGCGACCAGGCUGAAUUCAUUACUAAUCAGUCUAGUCAAGCGCGCCUUUAUAACAAUAAUUUGCACUGGCUGCUUUACGAUGAGGCAGGUAACUUCACCAAGUUGAUUGAUUUAUUUGAGGGAGCCAAUCUUAGUCUGAAUGCGGAUGUGACCUAUGUAAGUCGGCAAGAUGAGGAGGUCUUCGUUCUGCACGAUGUCUACAAUAAGGGGAGCCACUUGGGAGGCCAUCUCAACAUCACCGUAGACCAACGUCUUCAGUGCAAUCAAAGUCACUGUCAGGUUAAGGAUUAUCUCAGUGAUUUGCAUCUGCGAACUAGACAGCAGCACCGCUUGGAUUUAUCGAGCGUGACCUUUCGAUUGGCCGCUUUGGUUUCUGUGCUGCCUAUUGAUUCCAGUGAAGAGGCACUUCUUGAAUUUCUGAAUAGCGAUAGGGAUUCCCAUAUGGACUCGAUUUCUCGCAUUGGCUAUCGGCUUAUUCUGCACACUCAGGAAGUUCUCGGUUUCAAGCUGCACUACAUUUGGUGUGGCACUUGGAGCGUUCAAGAUGCAUUUGGCGGAGCUAUUGGCAUGUUGACCAAUGAAUCGGCCGAGCUCUGUACUUCUCCGUUCGUUCCCUCCUGGAAUCGCCUCCACUACGUCCAUCCCAUGACGGAGCAGGCCCAAUUCCGGGCCGUCUGCAUGUUCCGCACUCCACACAAUGCCGGGAUCAAGGCAGCCGUGUUUUUGGAGCCCUUCAUGCCGAGCGUUUGGUUCGCCUUCGCCGGACUCCUGAUCUUUGCCGGGGUGUUGCUAUGGCUGAUCUUCCACCUGGAGCGGCAUUGGAUGCAGCGGUGUCUGGACUUUAUUCCCUCGCUGCUCAGCAGUUGCCUGAUCAGUUUCGGGGCUGCCUGCAUUCAGGGCUCCUAUCUGAUGCCCAAGUCAGCUGGCGGGCGAUUGGCCUUCAUUGCCGUGAUGCUCACCUCGUUCCUCAUGUACAACUACUACACGUCCAUUGUGGUGUCCACUCUGCUGGGAUCUCCAGUGCGAUCGAACAUCAGGACCAUCCAGCAGUUGGCAGACAGCUCCUUGGACGUGGGCUUCGAUACGGUGCCGUUCACAAAGACGUAUCUGGUGUCCUCGCCCCGUCCAGAUAUUCGCAGCCUGUACAAACAGAAGGUGGAGAGCAAGCGGGAUCCCAAUAGCGUCUGGCUUUCUCCGGAGGAGGGUGUGCUCCGGGUGCGAGAUCAGCCGGGAUUUGUCUACACAUCGGAGGCCUCCUUCAUGUAUCACUUCGUGGAGAAGCACUAUCUGCCGCAGGAGAUAUCCGAUCUGAAUGAGAUCAAAUUGCGACCGGAGAGCGCCGUCUACGGAAUGGUGCACCUGAACUCCACCUAUCGACAAUUGCUCACCCAGUUGCAGGUGCGCAUGCUGGAAACCGGAAUCAUCUCGAAGCAGAGUCGAUUCUUCAGCAAGCCGAAGUUGCACACGUUCUCUAAUAGUUUCCUGAUCCAAGUGGGCAUGGAGUAUGCCGCACCCUUGUUUAUCUCCCUGCUGGUGGCCUACAUCCUGGCCUUACUGAUCCUGAUCCUGGAAAUCUGCUGGGCCCGUUAUGGCAGAAAGAAAUUGUUCACCAUUUUCCCCUAG